AUUCGCAGAGAUGGAGUUUCUGCAGAAUCAUCACACGGUGAACACCUCCGAACCACCGUACACCCUCGGUACAGGUUCGGUAGGAAGCAUCGAGGCCACCAUACCUUCCGGCCUCUGUGCUGGACCUCUUGGAGUAUUAUCCAACGAGGACACCCUAACAGAUACCCAGAACGAGGAGACUCUGGGUGCUCUGCAGGGCACCCUUCGUCUGCAGGAUCUGCAGAAUUCGCCGGAAGAUAUCGGGGCCGAUCAGACACAACAGAUCCAAAAUUCUGGACAAAAUCAGGUGGUCAGCGAAUUUGGGGCCAGUUUCUGGGUGGACGACAUGGCUGGAUUUCCAUUGCCACCCUUGGAUUUGGAUCCCUUACCGCCUGGCCUUUUUAGUCCUUGUUCUGGAACCUAUAAUUGGGGUUGCACCAGAGGCGAAUGUGCUCCAAGGACGAGCAACGCCAACGGAGAAGGCGUCGCGGAUGUGUUAUUAUCCUUGAAACAUGCGGUGGUUCAUCCCGGAAGUCCUACGGGAGGAUAUUACUCCACGGGAGGUUCAAGUCAUCAUUAUUCCCAGGAUUACACGCAAAAUCUUGGACCUCCUGUGCCACCCACUCAUUACACUUCCACUCCAGCCAUGUCCGUCAAUGUUUCCAUGAACAUGACGAUGAAUAUGAACAUGCACUCCGGGUACGAGCAGAGCUAUUCGUCGGCCUGGGGCGUGGAACCCCUUUUAAGUCCCGCCCAACAGUAUAAUCCCGUGGAGCAGCAGACGAGGGUGAAUCAACCCCCGGCCAAUAGCCUGAUUGGCACCAGCACCCAUCCCCAUUCUCAUCCCCCGACACACGGCCAUUCCAGGCUACAGCUGUCGAGUGAGCAUGCGCUUUGCAUUACCGCCUCCGGAAACCCGGUCACACCCGAUGACAAUGGCAGACCUAACCUCUGCAGAAUCUGCGGUAAAUCGUAUGCAAGACCCAGCACUCUCAAGACGCAUCUCAGAACGCACUCUGGGGAGAAACCGUUUAGGUGCCAUGCGUGUUCGAAAGCAUUUAGUCAAGCCGCAAAUUUAACCGCCCAUGCGAGGACUCAUUCCGGAGAGAAACCGUUUCGAUGUCCUGUUUGUGAUCGAAGAUUUUCACAAAGCAGUUCGGUAACCACACACAUGAGAACGCAUUCAGGAGAACGCCCAUACAGGUGUCGAUUCUGCAAAAAAGCAUUCUCGGACAGUUCUACUUUAACGAAACAUCUUCGUAUUCACUCCGGCGAGAAACCAUACCAGUGUAAGCUGUGUUUAUUGAGGUUCAGCCAAAGCGGUAACCUCAACAGGCAUAUGAGAGUCCACGGUGGCUCUUUAACGUGACACAGCUCAAUAUCGAUUAUCGAUAACAAUCGUGUCUUACCACGAUGCUGUCGAAUACCUGUGAUUCAACUUGGUUCGAGCUUAC